AUGUCCAGACCAUACGGCGCUGGCGCCUCAUCCAACCACAGCCCGCCGUCGAGCACAUCCACCAGCAUCGGCGCAGGCACCUCCAACCAGCACGACCAACUUCUCAAAGGUCGUGCCGAAUCGACAUCCAAUACCGCAAAAUACCAGCUUGCGGCCAGUGCCAUGACCGAAGAAGAAGAUGACUACCUCCACUCGAUCGACACCAAGUGGGACAAGUCGUCGCACGGCUGGAACUUGCGCGGUUUCCUCAAUGUUCUCACUCUCGUCCUUCUCGCUCUUGGUCUCAUGAUGCUCUUCCUCGGAUACCCCGUGCUCAUCAAAAUUGAAGACAUGUACGACAACGACACAAAGGGCGCCUUUGGCAUCGGUGGUACCAACGGCUCCGGUCAGGUGCCCGCCCUCGACAUUGCCUCUCUCAUCGACGCUCACACUCCUCAGAGCGCCAUGAAGUGGACCAGCCAGUACGACAAGUCCUCCUACCACCUCGUUUUCAGUGACGAGUUUGAAGUAGAGGGAAGGACCUUCUGGCCCGGUGACGAUCCCUUUUGGGAGGCCGUCGAUCUUUGGUACGCUGGUACCGGCGAUUUCGAGUGGUACUCGCCCGAGGCCGUCAACACCACCGGCGGUGCCAUGGUGAUCUCUCUCGAAGAGCAUGAGACGCACAACAAAAACUUUCGCUCGGGCAUGGUCCAGUCGUGGAACAAGUUCUGCUUCCAGGGCGGCUACAUUGAAUUCAGCGUCAGCCUGCCCGGCUCUCCUAGCAGCACCGGAUACUGGCCUGCCGUAUGGCUCAUGGGCAAUCUCGGUCGCCCCGGCUACCUCGCCAGCACCGAAGGCACCUGGCCCUACUCGUACCAGGCCUGCGACACGGGUAUCUUGCCCAAUCAGACGUUCAUCAAUGGCACUGGUCCGCACGCUGCCCUUCACUCGACCGGGCAGUACGCUUACAAUGGCGAGCUCUCGUACCUUCCAGGCAUGCGCUACUCGUCGUGCACCUGUCCCGGCGAGGACCACCCGGGCCCAAAUAAUAACGUCGGCCGCUCGGCUCCCGAAAUCGAUAUUUUCGAAGUGCAGGUGCAGUCGCACAACGGCGCUCGCCACUCGUACGCUUCGCAGUCGUUGCAGGUGGCUCCCUUUGACGAUGCCUACGCCUGGGGCAACUCAUCCAGCCAGGCCACCAUCUACGACGACAGCAUCACCGAGUUCAACUCGUAUACGGGUGGUCAGAUCCAGGAGGCUGUCUCGUCGGUGACUCAGGUGCCUGACGCGGGCUUCCAGCUAUCGCAAAACCAGUACGUCAAGUACGGUGUCGAGUUCAGCCCCGAUUUCGACUACAACGGUAGCGGCACCAUGACGUGGUACGUCGAUGGCAAGCCGUCCUGGACCGUCAAUCCAACGGCGUUCCCUGCUCGUCCCGACUUGGAUAUCAGCCAGCGUAUCAUCCCCGUCGAGCCCAUGGCCAUUGUCAUGAACUUGGCCAUCUCGAGCGGUUUCCAGCCCGUCUACUUUAGCGGUGCCAACGCCAUCUCGUUCCCGGCCUUUAUGGCGAUCGACUACGUCCGUGUCUACCAGAAGGACGGUCAAGCGGACAGGGUCUCCUGUGACCCACCCGACCAUCCCACCGCUCACUUCAUUUCGACGCACGAGGACCUCUACAACAACAGAAAUUAUUCGUCUUUCCCACGAGACAAGUACACCUGGCCCCGCAACAAGUUGCAGGGCUGCUAG